CGGGCAUUUGAUGAAUGAAAAAAAAAGUUUUACGCGAGUUGACGCGAUUUGGGACCAUGUAAAUAUUUGUCGGAUUAAGCGGCAAGUAUUCCAGACAGAACCGGACUAAACCAAAUGUAAGUUUUAAUCAAUGAGGAUUAUUUUGGUCAUUUAGGUUCCUCUGGAAAGUGAAACAAGCAGAGAGACAGCUGCUCAAAUUGAUUUAAGAUUAUUUCAUUGGACGUAUACAACCACGUGUUACACUAAGAUUCUUCAAUGCAUAUUCUUUCAAAUUAUACUAGUUCUGUUAGGAAAUUAUUAGUAAUUUAAGGAUAAUUGUUCGUUCUUAUCUGUGAUAUCGUAUAGAUUUGUUUAAAUUUUGAAUAUCUGUGAAAACUUUAGCCCCUUUUUCUCUUCCAGAUGGGAUUUCAAUUCUACGUUAAGAGUAUAUUAACGGUGUCAGUUGUUGCAGCUCUGAUUUGGUUGACAUGGUACAAAACCACAGAAGUUGUCCGUGAAGUGGUCGAUUUCCAGACGAUGUUAGACCAAGAUGGGGAGAAUAAUCCCAGCGGGAGAAAAGGUCAACCAAAACUGGAUAAAAUUGGAUUGAGCAAUAAUAUCGGAUUCAAAGAUGGAACAAAUAAAAAGGAUGAAAAUAUUGUUAAAGUUAUGGAUUUUUCGACUACUGAUGCUGCUUCUUCUGUGACCACCACCACCACUAAGAAAACAACUACUACGACCACCACUACCACCACCACCGCCGCCGCCGCCGCAUCAACAACUACUACAACAACAACAGAAGUUACAACUUCAGCACCGCCUCAAGCAGAUAAACAGAUAUCUACAACACAGUCACAAACGACAACAAAAGCUACUGCUGGAGAGAUACACGUACAUGGCGUGACGCAGACUGCCGAAAAACGUCAUGUAGCAUUUCUUAAAGUUCAUAAAACUGGAAGUUCAACUGUGCAAAAUAUAUUCUUAAGAUUUGGAGACUCUAGAAAUCUUACAUUCAUACUAGCACAUGAUGAUGUAUCUUUAGCUGAAUCGAAAUUUCCGAACAUGAUCAGUUAUCAAAAUUCACUAACAGAAAAAAAUGUUGUUCCUCCACCGGCAGGACGCCAUUUUGAAAUACUUUGCUGUCACGUAAUAUACAAUCGAACGCAAUUUCAAAAGUUUCUCCCGAAAGAUACUGCUUAUAUCGGUCUUGUCCGGGACCCAAUAACCAGAUUAGAAUCUUCUUUUAGAUAUUUCAACAUGUAUCCGACAGCAAAUUUAUCCGACUUUGCAGCCAAUCCGUUUCAUUAUGAUAAAGGAUUGCACUCCAUGUCAAAUAAUAGAAUGGCAUUUGAAUUCGGAUUCCCGCUUUGCUUGUUUCCAAACAGCAAAGAAAAACCUGAGAAUUUACAGCAAGCAAUAGAAGAAUAUAUUACUAAACUUAUGACAGAGUUUGACCUUAUCAUGAUCAAUGAAAGAAUGGACGAGUCACUGGUUCUAUUAAAGCGAGUUUUAAACUGGCAUACUAAAGACAUCAUGUACAUGAAACAACUAGUUGCCAAACACGAGACCAGACGUUUCGCUGAGGGAGAUAUAAAAAACUUGAAAGCACACCUGUAUUUAGAUUUCGCCUUGUACCAGAGGGCUUUGUCUGAAUUUCUUAAUAGGGUAGAAGCAUUGGGGGAAGACUUUCAGGAAGAAGUAAAUCUCUUCAGCGAAGAAAAAGAGAAAGUUCAUAAUUUUUGUAGCCAUAGAGAGAAAGAAAUUUUAUCAUUUCCAGAAAGUAAGUGGGACAGCGCCUUUAAUAUCACAAGAGAAGACUGUUUCAUGUACACUAGAUUUGAAAUUAAAUUUAUUCAAGAUAUACGAAUGAAAAUGUAUGGAAAGCUUGGCAUAUAGAAAAGUAUUUUAUUUGUUUAAGUAGGGAACUUAUUGACAAUAUAGGAAAAGAAAGUUGAUAUGUUAAAUGUCAUGAACAAUGCUUGAAACCAAUUCCGGUAUAUUUUUGAUAAGUAAAUUGAAGACGGGCUUUACACAGAUGAACAAAGCUGCGGAUGUUUCUAAACACAAAAUUUCACCAUUACCAUUGCCAUGAUUAAAUAUUGAAUGCUGUUUCAGCCGGUGCUAGAAGGCGUGGACGGUAACUUUUCGGUCAUGAACAGGCUUAAUCAAACCGAGCCUGCAACAUUUUCAAUUUUGUCGCUUUGUG